GAGUUCAUCACCUCAGCGUUGCAGGAAACGCCUCUCAUGCGCACGGGCGCUGCGUCCUUCAAAUUAUCUUUGCUCUGGUUUCGUACCCUGCCCUCCGAAACCCGAUUCCUGUCAUCAUGUCAACUCUCACACCAAGGCGUGCCGAAGUUGACGGUACCUAGAGCGUAUACAAGAACGGGCCCUCGGAAUCACGACUGCGGCUCGGCUGGAUGAUGGAGACGAUGGCUGCCAACAGGAUCCCACGAUGAAGGCCUCGAAGCCAUCCCCUCUCAUCCCUCCCCGCCACGCCCAACAUGGGUCAAGCCUUCAGCGAGCUCUACCCGCCUACCCCGACGUUCAGCGUCGAUGACAUACCUGACCUCUCCGGCAAGAUUAUGAUCGUCACUGGGGGAAAUAGUGGGAUUGGGAAGGAGACGGUGAAGGCCCUGCUCAAGCACAAUGGAAAGGUCUACCUCGGCGCGCGGAGCCCGGAGAGGGCCGCAGAGGCUAUCAAGGAGCUGAAGGAGGAGACGGGGAAGGAGGCUUUUCUCCUACAAGUGGACCUGGAGAACCUGAAGUCCGUGAAAGCUGCAGCCGCUGAGUUCCAGAGCAAGGAGACGCAACUACAUGCUCUAUUCAACAAUGCAGGCGUUAUGAUGUGCCCAACAGACAUGGUCACUGUCGAUGGCUACGACUACCAGUUUGGCACGAACGUCCUGGCUCACUUCUACCUCACCAAGCUCCUCCUCCCUACCCUCCUGUCGACCGCGCAAGCCGCUCCCGAAGGCUUCGUCCGCGUCGUCAACACCUCGUCCAGCGGGCACGCCUUCGUCAAGACCAUCGACUUCAACACCCUCAAGGACGGCCCGGCGCGUCGGAAGAAGAACCCUACUAUCUUGUAUGGACAGAGCAAAUUCGGCAACAUCAUCUUCGCGAAUGAGCUCGCGCGCCGAUACGGCGACCAGGGCAUCGUCUCGACCUCGCUGAACCCUGGCAACCUGUACAGCAACCUGCAGCGCUACAUGAACCCCGUAGUCGCGAAGAUUAUUCAAUGGCUGAUCUUGCAUCCUACGCCACUCGGUGCGCUCACGCAGCUAUACGCUGGCACUAAGGGCGGGAAGGAGCUGAAUGGCAAGUACCUUAUCCCUUGGGCGCGCCUAGGACGACCAGGACCGGGGGCUGAGGAUCCCGAGUUGGGAAAGGCGUUGUGGGAGUGGUGCGAGGAGCAAGUGACAGGUUUGUAGUUGACGUCGGUUCUGAUCUGCCUCGGAACGUAUUGUAUUCUACCUCAGAAGAACAACGAUAUAUUAGACGAGCAUGAUUCAAGCCGA